ACGUUUACAACUAUCUGGUAUGGAGGUUUCAUCAAUGAAUGGGAUAUUUCUGAACAAUGCCAAGACAGUUGCCAAUAUACCUAGUUAUACGAAACAGGGUUUCUCAGACUACAACAUAUACUUUGUAAUGUCUACUGCAAGGACGGGCAGAUGGGUGAUUGAUUCGGAUUUUGAUUCGGAUUUUUAUUCCGCUCGUUCAAAUAUCAUCGCCAUUAAAAAUGGAGUUCAAAGUCCUACUUCUGCAUUCAGCUGGGAAUUACUAAGAGAUACGAAAUGGAUUGAGCAGAAAAAUGCAAACAUGAUUUGUGUUGAUGGUAUGCAACAAUUUUCUUGGUUAUAAAACUACAGGUAUUAAACAAUGUGCCCAAAAAUCAAAACCUGAUAUAAACCUCCAGUUAAGGUAUUUUCUCCCCUUCGAGUACCAUAGUUUAUAAUAUCAAAACAAUCACAAUGGACAGUCGUCAUCAUGGUAAGGAAAUUAAAAUGCAGUUAUUGGGUGUCAAACAACAGUUC